GAACUAGAUUAUCAUUCUAUUUGUUGGACAAGCAAACACCACCAUUUUAUAGAUUCACUCACUUAGUUUCAACAACAAUUCCUACUAUAAAAGUAGAUGAUUUUUGUGAAAACAAGAAGAGAAUCAUUGACUUUGUUGAAGCUUUGCACAGAGUCAAUUCUUUAGUAGUUCAAAAUUAUAAAUUACUUGAUGAUAUUAAUAAUAUCAUUAUAAAUAACAUAACCUAUUCACAUGCUUUGUUAUAUUGUAAU